AUGCGUAUAGAUUACCGGCAGUUGAACAAGGUCACCAUCAAGAACAAGUACCCAUUGCCGAGGAUUGAUGAUUUGUUUGACCAGUUUCAGGGUGCCAAUGUAUUCUCGAAGAUUGAUUUGAGAUCGGGCUACCACCAGUUGAGGAUUAGGGCAUCCGAUGUCCCUAAGACAGCUUUCCGCACUCGGUACGGGCAUUAUGAGUUUUUAGUGAUGUCGUUUGGGUUGACAAAUGCCCCAGCUAUGUUCAUGGAUUUGAUGAACCGAGUGUUCAAGCCAUAUUUGGAUUCCUUCAUGAUUGUCUUCAUUGAUGGUAUUUUGAUCUACUCCCGCAGCCGAGAGGAGCAUGAGCAGCAUCUUCGAGUUGUUCUUCAGACUCUGAGAGACAGUCAGUUGUAUGCCAAGUUUUUGAAGUGCGAGUUUGCUGACAAGUCAGCGCGCUUCAUUCUUGUGGCAGUUUCCAAUUCUUCUGAGCGAUUGGCAGAGAUUUAUAUCCAGGAGAUUGCUCGUCUUCGUGGUAUGCCCGUGUCCAUUAUUUCUGACCGAGCCCAUCAGAGCAUUAAAUGCCAUGACCCAAAGGCUGCGUUGAGGUUGCUGUCAGCACGAUUAUCAAAAAAGCCCACGAACCGCUAUUGGUUCGACCUUUCCGCUCCUCAAGCAUCAUCCGAACAGCUUCUAUAA